AUGAUGAGAACUAAUAGUGGUUUGUUGCUGUUGUAAACAUUUGAACAAAAAUGUUUCUAAAUUCUUUAUUAUUACUUAUACUCAUUCAUGGUCAUUACUGUUUCGUUGUAAAAGAUAUCGAGGAUCAUUUUUUACCCGAAAAUGAAUUUAAAAGAAAAAUCUCUGAUACUCCAACUCAUGCAUUACGUGAGAUUUUCCCUAAAACAUCUUUAGAGUUGUUUAAGAAAGCAUAUUUUAUAGAGUCGAUCAAAUUUUCUGGCAGCACAUAUCUCUUGUCAAAAGAUUCACUUUUCUUUUAUCCAAGUUUUGGCCAGGCCAUGUGUGGACUGGUUGGAGGCUAUCUUGUGGAAGUUAACACCAUUCAAGAGCUUGAAUUUAUCAAACAUUUUCUGUUUGAAAAGGCGUCUCGCUUCGGGAUUGUAAUGGCAGGGGGCACAGAUGAAGAUCAUGAAGGAUUGUGGAUCAACAGAUACAGCCAAACCAAAGUAGACUCUCUCUGGAACGCAGGACAGCCAGAUGAUUUUAAAGGUGGUCAAAACUGUCAGGUUUUUUACAAACCUUAUAAUUGGAAUUUAGAUGACAAUUCAUGUGUUUUUAACAGUAGAGAGGUUGGCUUCCUAUGUGAAGUAAAAGACUGAAAUAUGGACUACAUAUUAUUAUGUUUCAUGAAACUUACAUGAAGUUACAUUGAAAUUAAAAAUUCACGCACGGAAACAAAA